AUGGCUACAAAAUCCGAAGUCAUCGAUGAUAGCAAGUCCAUUGCUAGCUCGCCUCCAUCGGAGAGACGUGCCACCGUUCUAUCUCGCAUUCGUGAUCUUGUCUCCCCUACAGAUGUCUCCCCUUCCUCCAUUGAAUCGAUUGCCGAUGCAUGUGCUCAUGAUCUCACAGCUGCAGAGCUCUCCGACCUUCUGCAAACACCCAAUAUCGAGGGUCACACGGCGCUAUAUUGGGCAAUUGUGAAUCACCGGCAAGAGGUAUUCUGGACGUUCAAGUUAUUCAUCUCCAAAUUUUCGUCCAAAUGUUCUUCCGACCUACGUCUUGCAUGCAUGCGAACUAGCAACCAUGCAUUAUUCUGCAAACUGAAUUUUCAGAAUACUGAUGCCCAAGACGAGUCUUUAAGACAAUUUCUUGGCUGUCCACAAGAUGAGAUUGAGGUGCAUAAUGUGGCAGAACUGGACGACAACCAGUUUGUUGUUUCCUUCCGUAUCAGGAUGUUCCAGAAACGUCUGUGCACUACACGAAGGUUGAAUUAUGAUUUUGUUGCGCGAGGACGUAUAUGGUCGUUCCGCUUUGAAAUGGGGAAUAAGGGGAAAUGGAUCGUUGGCUUUGGCCUCUCUUCGCCUAGUCUUCCAGUUUCUCUAGAAUGUUAUUCACUUCUGUUAGAAACUCGUACAACGAAAGGGGAAUCUGGCCGUGAAACGCCGCCUAAAAGGGUGUUUGAGGGUGCGAGCAGGAAAGGUGAACUCGAAACACACAUACCGAUGGGCAAUCCCACAGAUGUAGACGGCGGUAACAUCCUACAUGCAAAGCUAGAGGUGACACUCGAAAAAUAG